CUCGUUCAGUCGGUACAAAUAGACACCGCAACCAUGUCGUCCUCUUUGAUGCAAGGCCCUGAAUUCCAGCACAUUUUGCGUAUUCUUAACACGAACGUGGAGGGAAAGCGCAAUGUCGUGUUUGGUCUCACCAAAAUCCCGGGGAUUGGUCGCCGAUUUUCAGAUUUGAUUUGCAAAAAGGCCGAAGUCGAUGUUGAUAAGCGUGCCGGUGAGCUUACCGCAGACGAAAUUGAAAAGGUCGUGGCCGUCAUCCAGAACCCCCGUCAAUUCAAAAUCCCACUUUGGUUUUUGAAUCGUCAAAAGGAUUUCAAGACGGGAAAGUACAGUCAGGUCUUUGCGCAGAACAUUGCCGCCAAGCUCCGUGAUGAUAUUGAGCGACUCAAGAAGAUCCGAGCCCAUCGGGGUCUUCGUCACUGGUGGAAUAUUCGAGUCCGUGGACAGCACACUUGCUCCACUGGACGCCGCCGAACUUAAACUAUGACAAUAAGACAUACCAACUGGUUU